AUUAAACACACACAGAGUUGUUCUUCGAUCCAUUGAAGUUCCGAAAAGGUUCUGCUCUUGGGAAGAAGGCCCCAACUGCACCAACGUUGUUGGGACCCCACACGCACACAGUGUUCUCCGAAACACCCAUGGAAUUGACCAACAGAUCUAUCCCUUAAACCGCCACAAAUCCAAAGCCCCCAAAUCUGAUUCUCGGAUGUAUGUGUAGCUUGUGUGUGAGGCUCUGACGAGUUGCUUAUAAGAAUGGAUGAUGUAGCAGGCCUAGCUGAGGCAGCAGGAUCAAGAUUCAGUUCAUUGGAGCUUAUUGGGCAGGGUUCAUUUGGACACGUCUAUAAAGGGUUUGACAAGGAGCUCAACAAAGAAGUUGCCAUAAAAGUGAUCGAUUUGGAAGAAUCAGAGGAUGAAAUUGAGGAUAUUCAGAAGGAAAUUGCUGUUCUGUCACAAUGCCGAUGUCCAUACAUUACCGAGUAUUAUGGUUCCUUUCUCAAUCAAACUAAACUUUGGAUAAUAAUGGAAUACAUGGCUGGCGGCUCUGUUGCUGAUCUACUCCAAUCAGGUCCUCCUCUUGAUGAAAUGUCAAUUGCUUGCAUUCUACAUGACUUGCUGCGUGCGAUUGAUUACCUACAUAGCGAAGGAAAAAUUCACAGAGACAUUAAAGCUGCUAACAUUUUGUUGAGUGAGAAUGGUGAUGUAAAGGUUGCAGAUUUUGGUGUUUCUGCACAGUUAACAAGGACUAUAUCAAGGAGAAAGACAUUUGUAGGAACUCCAUUCUGGAUGGCACCUGAGGUUAUUCAGAAUUUAGAUGGAUAUAAUGAAAAGGCAGAUAUCUGGUCUCUGGGGAUCACUGCAAUUGAGAUGGCAAAAGGGGAGCCUCCACUUGCUGAUCUUCACCCCAUGAGAGUGCUUUUCAUCAUACCCCGAGAGAAUCCUCCACAGCUAGAUGACCAUUUUUCUCGUCCCAUGAAAGAAUUUGUUUCAUUGUGUUUGAAAAAGGUUCCUGCUGAGAGGCCAAGUGCUAAGGAACUUCUCAAAGACCGUUUUAUUCGGAAUGCUAGGAAGAGUCCAAAGCUUUCAGAAAGAAUACGGGGGCGUCCAAAAAACCAAAUAAAGGAAGAUCUGGGGACACCUAGAAAUGGCCCAAGAGGGAUAGGGGAGGCAUCGGAUACCGUGAAGGUGGUGAGAGAUUUAAGAGGUGAAGAAACUGAUCGACCCAGUGGUCAGGAUAAAACCCUGAAAAGCUCUGAAUGGGACUUCAGCAUUGAUGGGUCACAGGGUACUGGAACAGUUCGUAGUGUUUCACGACCACCUCAGUUUAGAGAUAAAAAGACUGAAGUUUCACAUAAUCAGCUUACCCAAAGAAAAGCUCCAGAGAGUGGCUACCGAGGGGGAUCUGCCAAUAGAAGUGCACUUAAUGAGUCACUUGAAAGUUCCUUUGGAAGAAAUCUAAGAGUUCCUCACCACGAUGAGCAUCUGGAUACUCACCCUGAAGAUGAUGAAUUGUCUGGUAAUGGAUUAGGAACUGUUGUUAUUCGAUCUCCAAAAGGAACAAAACCAUCUGUGUAUCGUGACCAAAGCUCUCAGUCUAGCAGCAGCUAUGCUUCUUUUGAAGAUGCUUCCUCGAGUGGAACUGUUGUUUUGCGUACCCAACAUGAUGAUCCUGAUUCUCCACAGACACCAAGGUCUCGACUAGGAAUUCAUGACCGAAAUUCAAAUUCCUUACUGGAAGAUAGUGCUUCAAAUCUUGCUGAGGCAAAGGCUGCUAUCCAAGGAGGGCUAAGGAAAGUGAAUGCUCGAGAGAGAUUUUCCCGGGGAAAAUCCAACGAUAUACAGGAAAGCAAGAGAGACCAGAUGACUAGCAACUCUGAUUCUUCAAGAUCAUAUCGUGAUUAUGUUGAUGCACAAAAGGGCAUGUUAAGAUCACAUUAUGCUAGUGAUGAUGAAGAAAGUGUUAAAAUAAUGUCAUCAUCAGUGCCGUUAUCAGUUUUGCUUAUUCCUUCAUUAAAAGAGGCCAUUGCGGAUGAUCCAGAAGGGCCAAUCGUACGGGCAGUUAUCAAUUCUUUCAUAAACAUGGAGGGAACAAAGCCUAGAUCCUGUGAUGUUCUUGUCAAAAAGUUGCUUCAGCGGUUGGCAAGUUCACAGGAAGAUUCAUUAAAGGAUCUGCAGGGAUUGGCAGGUCAACUAUUCAGCCAUACCAAGUCAGCUGAAGAAGCCAAUAACCAGAAGAAACAACAGAACAAGGAACCUCAUCCAAAUAGCAAUUUAAGCCCACUUGCAAGAUUUCUUCUCUCAAGAUGGCAAGGCCAUACCUCACGGGAUCUAAACCCAUCUUGAGCAGAGUCAGAAGUUACCAUUUUGUGUGUUGUCUCUCUAUUUAUGCAUUUAUAAUGAUUAAAUGUACAUAUAUCAUUGUAAGAAAUUGUUUUUUUUUUUUUCUAUUUUCUGUUAGUAUUAUUAUUAAUUAUUAAUUAUUUUUCUUUUAAUUUUUUCCCGCUCUUAGUGUUAGUGACAACAAUGCUGUAUAAUUAAUUAGAGGUGUU